AUGGAAAAUCCCCAUGCAGAACGCCAGGCUGUCCUUCUGGAACGCAUCCUGAAGAAUACGUCAAAAUGCACGGAGACUAUCUUAGAACUGAACAAGAGCCUAGAGGAAAUUGUACAAGCAAAUUAUCAUCUCCAAACUGCAGCCAAUCUAUCCAUGCAAUACAGAAAGAAUGUUCAGUUCAAUCUGUCGUCUGGGAAAGGUCAAACACACAGUUGA